CGCGCGAACAUUCGUACGUUGUACGAAUGUUCGUAUGAGUGGCCGGCAUUAUUAGACGAAACCUGUUUGCUUUUUUUGUAAAUAAGUUUGAAGAUCAUGAUUAAUUCGAAAAAGGUUACUUAUUAACUAAUUAUUAAUCUGUAGAAAAAAGGUCUCCGCAAACUAAAUACAUACAGUACUGUCAAUUUAAAGUUAUAAUUCAUUAAGAUAAAGUAUUUGCAUUCUGAAAUCUUGAACAGCUUUCCAAUAAUGUGGAAGGAGAGUUGUUUUAUGUUUUGAACAACAGUGAUGACAGCUAAGAAUAAUUGAGUCACGAUGGAGUUUAAAUUAGUGCGAAUUGAUACUUCAGAGCCUCAAAAGAUUGACCUUCCUGAGGGUACACACAUAAUAGGCAGAGGAAAGUUUAUUGUAAAUGAUGCAGAAGAUAUGAGGGUAUCAAGAAAUCAUGCAGAGAUUGAAGUCACCGAUACCUGUGUCAUCUUAAAGUCUUUACACCAAAAUCCAUGUUUCUAUAUUGACAAAUUAUCAAACAGCAAACGGACAUUAACACAGAAUAAUGCACAAUUGCUAUGUAAUGGUGAUAAAUUUGGUAUACUACCUGAUACAUAUUGGUUUGAAUUAAUAUGGUGCUCAUCAGAUGUGAUGAAAAAUGAUGUUACAAGCAAUAGUACUCCAGCUGAUAAUAAAGAAAUACCCAACGAGUUGAGAGCAACACAAGAAUAUAAUUUAAAUGAAACAAAUGGCUUACAAGAGACAGUUGAGGAGGGUGAAGCUCCACAAACAUUAAAAGAACAAUCACUAGAAAAACAAUCAGAAAGUCCUCAAAAAUCAUCUCAAGAUGAAAUUGUAGGUAAAAGAUCUAUCACUUCAGAAGAUUGCAACAAUAGUUCAGAAAGUAAGAGAUUGAAAAUUAAAAACGAAGAAGAAUCUGGAGAUGAGGCCAGAGGACAUGAAGACUCUAGUGUGGCGGGACCGAGCUGUGAUCAACAUGUAAGCAUUUUACAAAAAAAAAGAAGGAAAGAGGAACAAAAUGAUAAUGGAGAAGUGAAGGAUCAAAAUACAUCACAGAAUAGUAACCAUGAUGGUGCCCAGGGAAUUAAGUCUCCCAGAGAGAGGUGCAUGUAUGGUGCUAAUUGUUACAGACGCAACCCCCAGCACGCGGCGCUGUACAGCCACCCGCGCGACGCGGACUGGACGCCGGCGCCGCGCUGUCGCUACGGGGAGCGCUGCACGCGCCGCGACCCGCGCCACCGCCGCGACUACCUGCACCCCGCGCCCGCGCCCGCGCCCGCGGACCCACCAGGUAUGCAAUUAGUUCAGCGACACGGGAACACGUUCUAUAUAAACGCGCACACCGUCAACUUCUACGACGAUCACUUCCAAGUCGAAGAUUCAGACGGAGACAGCGUCGACUACGAUUACGAAUUCUAACAACUCACUAAUACACUUCCUAAUGUACGAUGUACUUUAUAAGAAUUCAUUAGAAAUAUCCGAUCAGUUAUAUCUCCACUUAUCUUGAUAAAACUAUAUAGAAAUUAAAAAAAUGCAUGUGUUAAACAGGUAGAAAAAAUAGGAAUAAAAAGAAUUCGAGUAAUAGUGAAAGCGAAGAUGAUGAGCCGACAAAUGGUCUGAUUGUGAACGGGAAGAGGGUACGGAAAUAUAUAAAGCGGGAGAAUUUGUGCGAUUCUGAAUCGGAAGAGCCGGAUCCGUUCGCAACCGACGAGUCGGACGAGUGGACGCCCAGCGCGGAGGACCACUGCUGACUGCGUUAUGUUUAAUGUUAUAUUAUGUAAUAAAAUCAUCAUUUUAUUUUUUA